UCUCCGUAUUUGAAAAAUCAAACACGUAUUAACACACAUUUUCUCUUUCUUGAAUUCCCUUUUUUGUCCCCAUAAAAUCUACUUUAUCUUACUGUACUUUACAAACCCAUGUUUCAUAUUUCAGACGCGUUGCGCUCCGUGUGAUUUUCAAAAUUUGUCGAAUCCAAGGCACAUUUUGGAAUUACAUCAAGGUUUGGUGCGCCUGUAAUCAUUUUUCUUAUUGUUUGAGCCUGCAUUUGUACUUCCCGCCCAAACUAUGAAUGGCCAUGGGAGAUCUCCUCUAAACAAGGCCAACAAGCAAGCUUCAAUUGACCCUGGUCUCCCUGGUCGUCAGAGGUCCAAUCCUUUUGAUUCAGACGAUGAAACAGAGAACAGACAAAGCCUUUUUUCCUUGAAGAGAACAUUAGACCCACCUCUAGCUACCCAUAAUGUUAGUAGUAACCCUUUUGAUGAUGAUAAUAAUAGUGGAGGCUCUGCGUCUUCAUACUCCCUCUCGUCAGGCAGGAGCAGAUACAAGAAUGAUUUUCGUGAUGCAGGAGGAUUAGAGAACCAGACGGUGCAAGAACUUGAAAAUUAUUCUGUUUACAAGGCUGAAGAAACAACAGAGACAGUCAACAACUGCCUUAAGAUUGCAGAGGACAUGCGAGAGGGUGCUACUAAAACCUUGGUUACCUUGCAUCAGCAGGGUGACCAAAUUUCAAGGACCCAUGCUGUUGCUGCUGACAUUGACCACGAUCUCAGCAGAAGUGAGAAGCUUUUAGGAAGCCUUGGGGGCAUGUUUUCUAGGACCUGGAAGCCUAAGAAGACUCGUGAAAUUGUGGGGCCGCUUAUAAUGAGAGAUGAUCCCGUGCAAAGAAAGGGCAACCAUUUGGAACAGAGGGAGAAAUUGGGUUUGUCUUCUGGACAUACAGAAAGAACAAAUUCACGAACACCACCUUCUGAACCCACUAAUGCUUUACAAAAAGUUGAGUUAGAGAAGUCGAAGCAAGAUGACACACUUUCAGACUUAAGCAACCUGUUGGGGGAGCUGAAGGAUAUGGCCGUUGACAUGGGAUCAGAAAUUGAAAGGCACAAUAAACUUCUGAAGCCUAUAGAGGACGAUGUGGAAGAAUUGAACUUCCGAGUAAAAGGUGCCAACCAACGUGCUCGGCGAUUGCUAGGAAAGUAAAAUGUUUAUAUAGGAUAAUGGAAUCUUACGAUUGUCUGUAUUAUUUCAUAACAUCCUCGUACACAUUUUUACUUGUUAAGAUUUUAUAAUCCGCACAUUUUCUAGUAGACUGAACAAGAUAAUAAGAAUUAUGGUUUGUAUAAUCUAGUGCCAAUGUGCCAUGGUUCCGUAACACAGAAAAUAUUUGAAAGAUCGUAGGAUCGUUAUGCCUGCUCUA